AUGGACCGGGAUUCCUCAGCCAGCUGGGACUCCCCUCUCCGCCAGCCGCUCAUUGCCGCGGGGCUGGCAGCGGCAUUGCUGGUCUCCGGCCCCCGUGCUCUUGCGGAAGCCGCUGUUGCUGCCGCUGAUGGCGCAGCGGCGGGUUCCGCCGCAUCAGCAGCGGCGCAGGCGUGCGGGGAGCUGCUGGGCGGGGCUGACUUCAACACUGUUGUGGCCGUGACGUGCGCGCUCGAGUUCAUUGCGCUCACUGGCGCUGCUGUGGGAGGGUACAUGGCAUUGCAGCAGGGGAAGGAGAUGGAGCGCAUUAACAAGCAGUUGAGGCAGAUCAACAUGAGCCUCAAGAGGCAGGCCCGCUUGGAGUCCUACGCUCCCUCCCUCACCUACUCCCCACCUCCUGCUAGCGCUGCCUCGCCUGCAGCCGGCACAAGCCGCACGGCAGAGGCAGCAGCAGCUUCCGCUGCUGAAGCACCUGCUGAUGAAGCCAUGGCAGCGGCUGUGGGUGCAUCGGCUCAUGCUGGGAGUGACGAGAGGGCAGAGCUGCUCCGCAUGCUGAAAGAGGGCAAGAAGCACCUGCGAGAUGGACACCCAGGUUCGGCGUUUGUGGAGUUCCAUGUGGCUCUGAGCAAGGCAAGGGAGCUGGGAGAUGCGGUUGAAGAGAAGAAAGCUGCUAGAGGACUCGGAGCCGCUUGUCAAAGGCAAGGGAAGUACAGGGAAGCGAUUGGAUAUCAUCAACUGGUUCUGGAGAAGUCAAUGGCAACAGGAGAGCAUUCUGUGGCGAACAUUUACGACGACAACGCGUCGAACGCGUCGUUCGCGAACGACUUGCGACGCUUCUCGUAUCGCGAGCUGCAGGCGGCCACGGGGCGGUUCCGACGCGGCAACCUGCUGGGCGAGGGCAGCUUCGGCAAGGUGUACCGCGGUACCGUGCCGGACUGGCUGGGCGAGCUGCCACGUGGACAGAAGCGCAAAGUGGCCGUUAAAGUGCUCGACUCUGAUGGCUUUCAGGGCUUCGGCGAGUGGAUGGUGGGCAAUGGGGAUGUAUGGUGGGUCAUGGGGAUGGAUGGUGGGUCAUGGGAUGGAUGGUGGGUCAUGGGGAUGGAUGGUGGGUCAUGGGAUGGAUGGUGGGUCAUGGGAUGGAUGGUGGGUCAUGGGAUGGAUGGUGGGUCAUGGGAUGGAUGGUGGUCGGAGGUGCUACUGCUGGGGCGGCUGAGCCACCCCAACCUGGUGCGCCUGCUGGGCUACAGCACGGACAGGGAAGAGGCCAUCCUCGUUUAUGAGCUCCUCGAUAACGGCAGCCUCGACGCCUGGCUCUUCCCAGACGACUCCAGCAGCAGCAAGCGUGAGCGGCGGGCGCUGACGUGGGAGGAGCGUGUGCGCAUCGCACUGGAUGCGACCAUGGGGCUGGCGCACCUGCACGCGGAGAACAUCAUUCACCGCGACUUCAAGUCCUGCAACAUCCUGCUCGACCACAACAUGCGGGCGAAGCUGACGGACUUUGGCAUGGCAACGGUGGGGCCGGAGGCGGGGCAGACGCACAUAUCCACGCGCGUGCUGGGCACCAUGGGGUACCUCGACCCCAAGUACCUCGAGACAGGCCACCUUACCCCCAAGAGUGACAUCUACGCCCUCGGGGUCGUGUAUCUGGAGCUGCUCACUGGCCGCCCGCCCUCAAGCGAUGAAGACCAGGACGCCAACGGGGAGGGCGGCCUGACAGCCUGGAUUCGACCACACAUCUCAGUGCGCCGCCCAGAUCUAGACAUCAUCUUAGACCCGCGGUUGAAGGACCAGUUUUCCCGCGUGGCGGCGCAGAAGCUGCUUGUUCUGGCCAAGCACUGUAUCAGUGAGGACCCGGUGGCACGGCCGCAGAUUCAGGACUUGGUGAAGUCGAUGCAACACAUCGUUGCCAUCGCGCACUCUCGGUCGGACUCCAGUGGGUCCACCGUGUCAGGUCACAGCAGAUCAGCUUCCCUUGUCUCCGCCACAUCGGGAGGCCACAGCCGAUCUGCUUCUGCCUCUUCAGCUUCCGCCAAUGAGGCCACGGUGAACAGCACUGCAGACAGGAAUGGUGGUAGAGACGCUAGCGGCCAGCUGAACUCCUGGCGCUCGUUAUCAUGCAGAGAUGCAGGGGGAGGAAGUGACAGAGGCGCAGAGAGUGGGAUUGAUGACGGAUCUUAUCCCUGCUACCGCCGUUGCUCGCGGCACUCCGUCGCUGCCGUCCGCGGCUCCGCCAUGACUCCCGGAGAUCCCGCUGCGCGCCAAGCGGCGAUCGCCGACGCGAGGGAUGACGCGGAUCCGGCGGCGGGCGGAGCGGAGUUGGGGCAGGCGGCGGGUGAUAGGGGCGGGGAGUGGGGGGCGGUGGGGCUGGGCCUGGUGGAGGUGCAUCUCGCCGCCAACGAGAGCCCCGCUUCGCGCGAAAAGCGCAUUCGCGCGCUUUUUCAGACGUUCGACACGGAGAAUAGAGGCGCGCUGACGCGGCGGCAGAUAGAGAGGGGGUUGGCGCGCAUGGGCGUGCCGGUGGACUACAAGUUCUCCAAGGACCUCCUCGCCGCCAUCGACCAGAACGGGGACGGUGUGUGUGACUAUAACGAGUUCCACCGGUACAUGGACAGCAAGGAGGUGCAGCUGUACCGGCUGUUCCAGCGCAUCGACACCGACUUCGAUGGCGCCAUCUCCCUGCACGAGCUCGCUGCCGCGCUGCACCACGCAGGCAUCCACCUAGUGGAGGGCGAGUUACAGGCGUUCAUGGAGAAGAUGGAUCGCAACCACGAUGGGGUGCUGUCCUUCAACGAGUGGCGCGACUUCCUUCUGCUCUUCCCUUACCGCGCCACCUCCAUCGCCACCGCCUACCAGUACUGGGAGCGGGUGCAGCAGGUGGACAUAGGCGAGCAGCCCGUCAUCCCCUCGGGCCUCUCCACAUCGCUCUCCACCGCUCCCGACGCCUCCGCCCUGGCGUGGCGCUACUUCCUGGCGGGCGGCGUGGCGGGUGCGGUGUCGCGCACCGCCACGGCACCCCUGGACCGCCUCAAGGCCACUCCUCCCUCUUCCUCCGCCUCCUCCCCUGCCCCUCACCGCCCCCGUCCACGCCACUCCCGCUGGCAGUUCUCUCUCCUCCACGCCCCCUCCCCCUGGGCCUCCUCUCUCCCGCUUCCACCCUCUACACUGCCGCCCAACAUGCCACUCUGGUGGAAGCACAUGCAGCCUGGCCGCCAGGGCACAAUCGCUGGGCAGCACCAGGUGGCAGGCGGGCGGCUGACACUGUGGAGGGCGGUGCAGCAGGUGUACGGGGAGGGUGGCGUGGGUUCGUUCUUCAAGGGCAACGGCAUCAACGUGGUGAAGGUGGCACCCGAGUCAGCCAUCAAGUUCUACGCUUAUGAGCUGCUCAAACGCGCCAUCUCCCCCCCCGCUGCUGCCGGUGCUGGUGCUGGUGCUGGUGGUGGUGAGGUGAGGCCAGCUGGAAUAGGAACUGCUCUCCUCCAACCGUGCAUUCACUCCAACCGUGCAUUCACUCCAACCGUGCAUUCACUCCAACCGUGCAUUCACUCCAACCGUGCAUUCACUCCAACCGUGCAUUCACUCCAACCGUGCAUUCACUCCAACCGUGCAUUCACUCCAACCGUGCAUUCACUCCAACCGUGCAUUCACUCCAACCGUGCAUUCACUCAGCCCCUCCCUCUUUCCACCUGCGUUUCACCACUCUCACUUCACUCCAUUCGCCAAGCACAUCAGUCAGGGGAGACGGCGCUGACACGGCUGGUGGCGGGGGGCAUGGCGGGCGCCGUGGCACAGGCCGCCGUGUACCCUCUCGACCUCGUCAAAACGCGCCUGCAGACCUACCACCUCACAUACGGCCGAAACCCGCCGCCCCUCGCCGCCCUGACGGCGGAGAUUCUGCAGAGGGAGGGGGCGGGUGCCAUGUUCCGAGGACUGCUGCCGUCCAUCUUGGGCAUGAUCCCAUUCGCCGGUAUCGACCUGGCGGCGUAUGAGACGCUGCGAGAUGCCUUCACCCCGUGGAUUGAACGCCGCCCAGAGGCGGCGCCGGUGCUGCAGCUGGCGUGUGGCACGGUGUCAGCCACGGUGGCCGCCACACUCGUGUUCCCUCUGCAGGUCAUCCGCACCCGGCUGCAAGCACACGUCAGCACACCGCAUGCACCAAGCAGCGUAUUAGGGUUUGCAGCAGGAGCAGCAGCGCCAGCAGCAGCAUUGUCGGGCAUGGGUGCGGCAGGCAGGGGGCCGACGAUGGGGGAGGUGACACGGGAGCUGUGGCAGGAGGGCGGCGUGCAUGCCUUCUUUCGAGGUGUGGUGCCGAACCUGCUCAAGGUGGUGCCCGCUGCCAGCAUCACCUACGUCACGUACGAGCACAUGAAGAAAGUGCUCGCACUUAACUAG